AUGUGGUACGAAGACGACAAUCAAUUUGUCAGAGCUCCUACUCCAAAGACAUUUGAUAAUCUUGUACAGGAUCUAGAAGGUAGAGAUUCUGUUUUAUUCGAAUCUAUUGCUUUACCUUCUUCAAAUAGAGGAAGAUCUUCAGUUCAAAAAUCUACAGAUAGUUUCACACCCAAGAAAUCAAAUCCCAUUGAAGUUACAAGUUCAAUCAUGGCAGGACUUCAGAAUUUCAGCUUUGCUGAUGAAGAUCCAUCACUUGAUUUUACAAUACAGACAAAUCAGCGCAGGCAAGCAAUGGAAGAGGCAAGUAACCUUCAGAAAAAGAUAAGCGAGCUCGAAUUUACUUUACGCGAAAAAGAAGCAAUUUUAGAAGAAAAAGAUGAAAUUAUUCAAGAUCUAAAAGACCACCUUAAAGGCAAGCAGGUUCGUCCAAACACUACAAAUGAUGCAAAUACAAUGUAUAAAGAAAAGUAUAAUAUGGUUAUUAAAGAAUUAACGGAUCUCAAACGUCAAUUAGCUAUGCAAGGAAAAGUUAGAAGAGUUAAAGCCCGUGCUUUACAGCCGGUUCAUCCUGAUAUCAAAAAACGUAAUUAA